AUGUAUUUGUCUUCUUGGCCUUCAGGGUCUACAUCUCUUGCACAAUUGCUACUUUUCUUGGUCCCCAUUGCAGCUUCACUGUCGUCAAGUCUGGAAUUUAACAACACCACAUUUGACUUUGUCAUUGUAGGAGGAGGCUUGUCAGGAUUGGUAGUCGCCAAUCGACUGAGCGAGACUUCUAACCACACUGUGCUCGUCGUGGAAAAUGGCUAUCUUGAUAAAAACUACAAGACAGAGGUCCCCUAUGCUACCACGGUGCCCAAUCCAGCCGACAUGUGGAAUAUUAGCUCGGCACCAGAAACCUGGCUCAAUAAUGAAACCUUUACCAUCUAUGUCGGUUCCGUCGUUGGGGGUGGUUCCAUCAUCAAUGGCAUGGCUUGCACUCGUGGAUCAUCUGGUGACUACGAUGCCUGGGAGCGACUCGGUAACCCGGGUUGGGGCUGGGACGGGCUUUUCCCGUACUUUGCGAAGAGCACCAAUUAUACGCCACCUCUGCCAGAGAUCGCCGAGCAAUAUGAUGUCACUUGGAAUUCGUCCGUCUGGGGAGACGACGGGCCGGUGCAGGUCGGCCAUGCCAGUACCUUUUUUCCCGACACCAAGGUCGUCAGGGCAUCAUGGAUCGCCUCGGGGGCGCGAAACCUCACAGAUGGAGCAGACGGAGACUCGAUGGGUUUGUCCUGGCUACCGACCGACAUGGACACGCGGACGGGCACGCGGUCCUCUGCGCGAGCUGCAUACUAUGAGCCAUAUGCUACUCGUCCCAAUCUGCACCUUCUCACGGGCCACCGAGUCACCGAGAUAAUCUUUGAGGACGACGGACUGGUAGCCCAUGGGGUAGUUAUACAGUCUCGAGAAGACAACUCCACCAUGCAAGUAUUUGCUGACAAGGAGGUCGUUCUCGCGGCCGGAGCCAUAUUCACUCCUCACCUCCUACAGCUUAGUGGCCUUGGAUCAAAGGACGUCCUCGAAGCUGCAAAUAUUAUAAUCAAGAAGGAUAUGCCAUCUGUCGGAUCAAACUUCCAGGAUCACCCCGUGGUUUAUAUGUCUUACAACAUAUCCAAUCAGUCGUUUCCCGAUCCUCAGUCGUUAGAUAAAAAUACAACAUUUAAUGAGACUGCAUGGGAACAGUACACGGAGAGCCGCACAGGUCCAUAUACCAGUGGUCUCAUAGGUUACAAUGGGAACAGUGCUCUGUAUUUUACUCUCCCGGGCGUGGUUGCAGGGCAUGAAGAACUUGUUGGAAACAUUACGUCUCAGAGAGCGCUCGACUAUCUACCAGAUAUCUACGCCAAGGACGCGGCGCUGCUCAAGGGGUUUGAGGCGCAACGAUCCAUUGUGGGCCACCUCCUUGGGCACAAUCAAUCGUCUUGCUGCGAGCUGAUUCCGUCCAUUGUCGGCUCUGCCACGGCCAGCCUACAAAAACCAUUGUCACGGGGUACCAUAACGCUUGACCCCGCUGAUCCCGGUGCGCUGCCCAUUGUCCGCUUCAACACGCUCAUGAACCCGGUGGAUGCCACCAUGAUUGUGUCCAUGGUACGGAAAGAGCGCGAGCAUUGGUCUCUCCCAGGGCUCGCUCGGUACUCGCCUGUCGAGUACUUGCCCGGGGUCCAGUAUCAGACCGAUGAAGAGAUUCUGGCGGGUUCUAUUGCAGCAGGCAUCGUGAGGCCCAGCUUUGCGCACCCGAGCGGCAGUUGCCCGAUGAUGCCGGAGGAGUUGGGUGGCUGCGUCGGCCCGGACCUCCGUGUCUACGGAACGCGGAAGCUGUCUAUUGUGGAUGCGUCCAUUAUACCCAUUAUCCCGGGCACGCACCUGCAGAUGACCAUGUACGCCGUGGCCGAAAAGGCCGCGGAUAUCAUCAAGGAACGGAAUUAA